AUGUCAGGCCUUGAAGGCGGAGCUGCGGUCUUCUCGCUAGUCGUUGGAGUCAUCGAGAUCAUCCACAGAGCUAUCGAGAUUUAUGAGGCUGUCAACGACAAGUCGGGCAUUCCAAAAACGCUCAAGAAGGUGUCAGAGAAGCUUCCUUCGGUGGAGGAGAUACUCAAAAGUGCGGAAGCUCAGCACAAGGCGGGAGCUCUCAAAGAUAUAGACAAGGACACGUGGGCCAGCGCGGAACGAGAGGUCGAAAAGUGCAAGCAAGCCUGCCAGGAACUGCACGACCUGCUUCAGAGCGCCUAUCCCAAGGCUGACUCGGGCAGAUCAGAACGGCUGUGGAAAGGCGCAAAGACAGUACUCAGCGGCAAGGGCAAGACCGCCGAAGCGCUGCUGAAAGAAAUCUCGGACUAUCUGACCUUUCUGGCUCAGAGAAAGAUCGUCAACAACGCUGCUCUGCUUGAAGACAUCAAGUCUCUCGUGGAAGAAUUAUGCCCAGAAACUACGACCACCCACAUGCACAAUGUCAACGGCGACAAUAUCGGUACUCUCCAUGGUGACAAGAAUGUCAAUUCCGGAUCUGGCUUUCAGUUCACCGGAUCGGGCGGUACAUACAAUUUUGGUGGAGCACAGAGUGAGGAUAACCAGUGGGCUCUACUAUCCCUGAGGCAUCGACACCAUAAACCAUUCUCGGAAGAGAACUCUAUCAUUCUACGAAAGUGGAUCUCACGCUCGUACGGCCAUUCUCAGAGCCUCACAGUACCAGACUCCAGUCCUGUCAGAUUCGAGAAGAUCUACAAAAGGAUAUCCAACGAUGAUCCGAUCGCCACAUAUCAGCGGCUAUCGGGGAGGAAAGCUGACAAUACAACCAGGUGGUUAGUCGAGCAUGAAGACUUUCAAUCCUGGCUGUCCGAAGAUCCCGCGAAACAUCGUCUGUGGCUCUCGGGUAAAGAGUCGGCUCGGGCAAGAGUACUCUUGUGACUACCGUCAUCGACGAGUGUCAUGCCAACCUCAAAUCCGGCGAAUCUUCCGCUGUGUUAAUGUUCUUCUUCAACAGCCACGACGACACGGCUCUUUCGUUCUUCGAGAGUCUGACGAAGCAACUCAUCGCUACCCUGAUUGGUAUUGACGUGCCGAGUUCCCGGGAUAUCCUUUCAGCUCUCGAAACGGCAUAUGGCAACGACAUUUCCAGACCUCACAUCGCACAAGUCUUCGAAGAUCUUGUCGUCCCACUUUGUCAAAUACUCCAGCAAAUCACUCUGGUGAUCGAUGGCAUUGAUGAAUGCAGAGCAGCGGAGGUGAAGCAGCCCUGGCAUUGGCUGGAGAGGCUUCUAAAACUUGUCCAGCCAAGGAUCUUGAUCACUAGUGAGGACCAGGCGAAUAUUUCACCUCGCUUCAAGGGUUUCCACCGAAUCCGAAUUGAUCACCUGCACAACCAAUUCGACAUUGACACAUAUAUUAACGAGCGGAUCGCCAGCAAAUCCAGUGCUGGCCAAGUACUGUACGACGAGUCGUUGAGGGAUGAAGUCAAGGUGACGCUACAUCAGAAAGCUAACGGGAUGUUCCUCUGGAUCCAUUUAGUCCUGAACAUCAUCUUGGAAGACUGUGAGACCCCUGCCCAGGUGAGGAAAGCCGUCGAUGAAAUUCCGCCUGAUCUUCAAGCUGUAUACUCGCUCUGUCUGGAAAACAGGCGAGGCACCGCGCGUCCCAUCAAGGCCAAUCUGUUUCUCUGGACUUGCGCUGCGCCCAAUCCCUUGAGCAUUGGUGCUCUUGGAGAACUGAUAGCUAUGGAUUUAGAAACCGGUCACGUGGACACCGACGAGAUUCCCUUCGCAGAUGUGCUGCUAAAAUCAGGGGCCGGUCUAAUUACCCUGGACACAAGCGCCAUACCAAAUGCACAGUCCGACGAGCAUCUCGUUAUACCUGUACACUCAACAGUGCGGGACUUCAUAUUCUCUGAGCGCUUCCGUUCGCUGGCGGCCAAAGCAAGUCACCAGGAAUCGUGGCCACUAUGUGUCGAGACUGGCCAGUGGAGCGAGAAUACAUUCCGGACUGCGUUAGGAUCACUUUGUUUGUCUCACAUCAAGCAAAGAACUUCCCGAGAACUGGGUUCGAGACCACCGCCGACCAGGCUUGUCGUACCUCAGCCUAAGGUACUACAGUCUGUUGCAUGGGUCCAGAAGAUCCUGAUCGGAGUUCGCUCGAAAUCAGCAGAGAUGACAGCGUUUUUGCCCGUUCCCGGACGUAACAAAACCAGGGUUUCUACCACCAAUUUUCUACGUUACUCCAUUGAAAACUGGUUGGUCUGCAACACCAAUCUCGCAUCAGCUACAGCAAAUUUCCCAUGGCUUGCCAAAGAAAACCAAAAGAGCGACUUACACACGGCAGCAGAAUUUUUCGAGGAGAUUUCCAUCGAACGCAAUGAUUUUUAUGGCAUUCAUCCUUGGAAAGCUGCCGCUCGGACGUCAAACUCACACCUUUCACAAAUGUUCGCGUAUGCGGUAGCAAACAACCACGUGCCACUUAUCCCUCUUGCGCAACAUGGCCAAAUGCUAGCCAUACACGUUGCAGCCAAAAAGGGCUUCGCUUCAAUCAUUGAGGAACUUGUCAACAUAUGCAACGUGAACGCAAUGUGUCCUUCAAGAAGGCAGCAUGUACUUCACUUUAUUGCAGAGAAUGGAACGGAGGACUGCCUCCAGCCCAUCCUUUCGAUGAACCUCGAUUGGAACGCCCGCAAUCGGGACGGGCGUACUGCACUGUUUGUAGCGAUGGUGGCUGGCCAUGAUGACAUUGUGAAAGCCUUACUAGAGGCAGAAGGUUUCGAGGUUGACGAAGAAGCGACAUUCUGUCAGGUUCUGCUCCACUGGGCCGUUUAUCACGGCCACGACAAGGUCAAGCAGCUUCUGCUGGACACUGGCAAAGCCGCCAUCGACGAAGAGAAGGAAUGGUAUUACGAUCUACUGUCGUGGGCUGCGCGGAAUGGUUAUGACAAGAUAGUGCAGCUGCUCCUAGACAUCAGCAAAGCCGCUUCUGAUGAACAGAAUAAAUGGUACGACGCUAUACUGUCGUGGGCUGCACACAAUAGCUACGAUGAGAUUGUGGGGCCACUCCUAGAGACAGGCGCUGUCAAUUCAACAGACAAAGAUGGCCUGACUCCAUUGUACCGGGCUUCACUUAGGGGUCUCGACAAGGUAGUGCAGCUCCUGCUAGAUACAGGCGAAGUCGACGUUAAUGCAGCGACCAAAGAUGGCCGGACUCCGUUCUACUGGGCCGCACGUUUUGGUCACGACAAAGUAGUACAGCUCCUCAUAGAGACAGGCAAAGUCGAUGUUAAUGCAGCGGACAAAAAUGCCGAGACUUCAUUCUACCUAGCUAUAUAUUGGGGUCACGAUAAGGUCGUGCGGCUCCUACUUGAGACUGGCAACGUCAAUGUUAAUGCAGCGAACAACAACGGCGAGACUCCAUUACAUUGCGCUGCAUCGAGGGGUCACGAACACGUAGUGCAAUUGCUACUAGGGAAAGGCAAGGCCGAGGUCGACGCGGCCGACCAUGCCGGCCGAACCGCAUUGAUCUCUGCUGCGAGUUCAAGCCACGACAAGGUGGUGCAGCUUCUCUUAACAAGGAGCAACGCCGACAUCAAAGCAGCAGAUCAUAAGGGGCAGACUGCGCUGGAUUAUGCCAGAUCACAGGGUCAUGAAAGGAUAGUGCAGCUCCUAGAGAGACUGUCUAGCGAUGAUUUUUUCGAUAGAACGAUGGCGAUGAUAGAGUGCACGUCUGCAUAUGGCUCGACUGAGGAAUAA